AUGACAAUCGACUUCGAUUCGUACUACUCCAUCGACUCAAUAAUUGCAGACAACCAGAAAGUUCCCUCUGAAUUCCUCACCAAUGUUCCAGGACAAGGCUGGCUUCAAGGUGGUCUUGAAAACGAUAUUAAAGAAGGCGCUAAAAUAGAUCUACCCUAUUGGCUGUCUUCAACGCUAGCUUUAUCUGAAUAUGACUUCUUGAACUUAUCCAUUCCUCCCGCAUUCUCCACACGCGUGACAAACGCUCUCAUCGCGUCUCCUUCUUUCGUCAAACUCGCAAAUCUUAACCACUUCUGGUACUCCUUUGGUAUACGCAUUAGCGAUCUCCUCGAGGAUAACCUCAAACUGCAACAGUCCCUCCGUCUAGCUUUCACUAAUCGCCUCAUUGACAUCUUCGACCUAGGUCAGUAUGAAGGCAGCGUCGACGAUAAGGGCUUCGAAACUGACUUCAAAGCUGGCAUGGAUGAGCUGGAGAAACAGCUCUUCCACAUCUGUGCCGCAUCUGCUGCUCAGCAUAAGCGCUUAUAA